AUGUUCAUGGGCUAUUCCUUACACUUUUUACUCCCACUCUCCAUAUCUCUCUUUUUCUCCCUCUGUCUGGGUUUCUCUCGGCCUUUCUUCCUCCACCCCCCUCCGACUCUCAGUCCCUCGGACUCUCCACACCACCAUCAGCCCUCCUCCCCUCUGCUUCCUUCAUCAUACUCUCUAUCCGGACCUCUCUCUGCCUCUUCCUCAACUAUAUUUCCCAUCACGCUCUCAUCGCGGACCCGAGUUCGUGCCAUAUACAUAGUUUAUGAGCAUACAACCAUCAUCUGGGUACAGCCCUGUCGGCGUGUUUGA